AUGUCAGCAAAGGAUUAUUAAACUAUGAUGAUGGGGAGAAUUAACAUUUUUACACUUUCAUUAUUAACUUAUAAAAUGACACCUAGAAGUUGUAAACUUUCUUAUGAAUUUGGUCAAAGAUAAUAUCUAUUAGAACCAAAAGUAAAUUUUGAUUUUAUCUAAGCUUAACUUUCAAUAAAAACUAAGGAACCCUUAUAGAAUUAAAUUGAAAUUUUGAUGACACAAAGUUUAAGAGCUAAAGAAAUUAAUUCUUAUUUUAGCCUGGUUAUUAAGAUGAUCAUAUAAAUCUAUCAUGUCUACUAAUCUAUUGUAGAUUAAAUAAUAGUUGAUGAAGAAGAUUGUGAUGAUGAUAAGAUGGAUGUCCUUAAUGUUAAUUUACAUGUUAAGAUGAAUGUUAAAUUUCUUUUCAAAGGUAAAUAUUAUCAAUGCAAAGAUUUAUUAUUAAUUAAUUGGAGCAAUUCACACAUGCAGAUCAAUUUUGGGUGA